AUGGCCUUUGGAGGUUCUUCCUUGGUCGAAACUUUUGUCUCGGGAACUUUGGCCACCUCAGGGUACAUUUUAGCCUUGCCCUUCGCCUUAGGAUCCGCCGGAAUUUCCCUUGCCCUUCUUUCUGCCGCAGCCCUUGCUGAGCCACCCAAGUCCAACCUAGGCCUAGGUUGGUCUGGCCUUGGGAAGUUAGCAUUCACCAUGUUGACUUGA